AUGACACCACCCUCAUUGGGUUCAUCUGAGCUCCUCGGUGCCACAGCUAUAGAGGACAAGCUGCAGGAAGGCGUCCCAGAGACGAUUGCUGUCCUCUCUCUGGCUAACAUUAAGAUCUGGGUUCUCACUGGAGACAAGCAGGAGACGGCUGUCAAUAUAGGUUACUCCUGCAAGAUGCUGACAGAUGAUAUGACAGAGGUGUUCAUCAUCAGUGGACACACUGUCCAGAGUGUACGGCAGGAGCUCAGGAGGGCGAGGGAAAGAAUGAUCGAGCUGUCUCAAACCAGAGAUGGAGGGAAGGAGGAGGGGAUGGAGGGAUGGGGAGAAGCAUGUUUCAUGGGUAACGGAUUCAGAGAAGGACGUGAAGGAGAUGUUACAGGAGGAGGAGGGAAACAGCUGCAGUGCCCUCCUCCUCCUCCUCUUCCUCCACCUCCACCUCCUGCACCUCCCUCCAACCUCAUGGACAACAUCUCUGGAGAGUUUGCUCUUGUGAUUAACGGUCACAGUCUGGCCCAUGCACUAGAAGCAGACAUGGAAACGGAGUUUGUGUCGACGGCAUGUGCGUGCAAAGCAGUGAUUUGUUGCAGAGUCACCCCGCUCCAAAAAGCUCAGGUGGUGGAGCUCAUCAAGAAACACAAAAAGGCUGUCACUCUGGCUAUAGGAGACGGAGCUAACGACGUUAGCAUGAUCAAAAGUGCUCAUAUCGGAGUUGGGAUCUCAGGUCAGGAGGGGAUCCAGGCUGUGCUGGCCAGUGACUACUCGUUCUCCCAGUUCCGCUUCCUGCAGCGCCUCCUGCUGGUGCAUGGCCGCUGGUCCUACCUGCGCAUGUGCCGUUUCCUCUGCUACUUCUUCUACAAGAACUUUGCCUUCACCAUGGUGCACUUCUGGUUCGGCUUCUUCUGUGGCUUUUCUGCACAGACGGUGUAUGACCAGUACUUUAUCACUCUCUACAAUAUUGUCUACACCUCCCUCCCUGUGCUGGCCAUGGGGAUAUUUGACCAGGAUGUUCCUGAUCAGAGGAGUCUGGAGUAUCCUAAACUGUAUGAGCCUGGACAGCUCAACCUCCUCUUCAACAAGAGAGAGUUCUUCAUCUGCAUCGCCCAAGGCAUCUACACAUCAGUGGUGCUGUUUUUUGUCCCCUGUGCCAUCUUGUCCGACGCGACUCAGAGCACCGGAGUGCCCCUCGCGGACUACCAGACCUUUGCUGUCACUACAGCAACAGCCCUGGUAAUUGUGGUCAGCGUGCAGAUUGCUCUCGACACAGGCUUCUGGACAGUUAUCAACCAUGUGUUUGUUUGGGGCUCUCUGGGCUCCUACUUCACCAUCAUGUUCGCAUUGCACAGUCAGACCCUCUUCAGGAUCUUUCCCAAUCAGUUCCACUUUGUAGGUAGCGCCCAGAGUACGCUAUUGCAACCAGUUGUGUGGUUAACUAUUGCACUAGCAACAGCAAUAUGCAUAGUUCCAGUUUUGGCAUUCCGCUUCCUCAAGGUGGACCUCAAACCUCAGCUCUCAGACACGGUGCGCUACACUCAGCUGAUGCGGCAGAAGAAGCGAAAGCCUGUGGGUCGUAGCGUGGGAAGUGCCUGGCGUGGGGUGGGCAGUGUGUCAGAGGGCCGUCUGGGCACUCGUGGCAGUUCGAGGAGGUCAGGCUACGCCUUUGCCCACCAGGAGGGAUUUGGAGAGCUGAUCACCUCGGGGAAGAACAUGAGGCUGUCGUCUUUGGCGCUGGCCAACUUUGCCUCCAGACACAGCUCCAACUUGAUCGACACGCUCCGCAGGAAGAAACACACUCACACUCCCCCUAGCGCCUCCGGGGAAUGCAGCCCAGCGCUCAGUUGCGUGUCUGGGUCAGUUCCAGCGCUCUCAAACUCCUCCUCUGUUUUGGGUGCCUCACAAGAUACACCCGUUGAGGUGGAAACAGCCACAGCACCUUCCCAGAAUACACAGACUGCUAUCACUUCAUCCAUACAAACCCCGCCAGCAUCAGCACCAGCUUCAGAAGCAGCUGCCCCUCAGGGUUCAGCCCAGGCCCUCAAUGCUGGCUUCCUCACUCCCACUGCAGUGAGGUCCCAUGGGGGAGACUCACCUGGAGGCUGGACGAUCACUCUGGGGACUGUGCAGGAAGCUCUGUUUGGUUGGAAGGCUCGUACCACUGCAUCCACCAGCCCAGGCCCACCCUCUGCUGCCAAGGAGACCAGCCAGAUUGACUGAAAUAUUUAGAAUAAAUGGAGGAUUAACUUGUUCACUACUGUCCAUCACAUGUUUGCACACACAUACAGGAUGUGUUGUGCUCUGCGAGCACACAGACUGUUGCCCACACAGCUCUUCUCUCUGUUUCCCAAAUGAAACUUCUAGAAUAAAUCAAAUAAAUACAAGUCACAGGAAAGAAGUGGCACAACCUAAUGACAUGGAUCUUGCCAACUGUGAAUUGGGAUUUAAUGGUGAUAUACAUAUCCCCAUGGUGUUCAUGAAUGACUGAUAUAGAACAUCAUGAGAUUUACGAUAUAUAACUGAAGGAAAGCAGCCGGUGUAGAAACAGAUGUCAAGAUAACUCACUAUUAAUGAUCUAAAAGAUUGUUUCUACUUCCUCACACAGUCACACAGCCUCUCUUUAACAAAACCAACCAUUGGUUAAUGAAUGAGCAGAAUAACAUGACUUCCAGCCAGUGAUGUGCAGCCAUUAUUAUCUGUAUAUAAGUGUUUUUUGUCAAAAAAAUAUCAAGCCUCUGUGUUCUCUAAAGUUCUCAGUGAGAACGAUACUUUUAAGUUAAAGAACACUGCAAGACUGUUGCAAGACUUGUGCCCCUUUUCUCUCACUGAUGGGUCUUCUUACUUAUUAUACUUACAUGUUUCCCUUUCUUCUUUUGCAUCAUAUUGAUGUGUUUUAUAAUGGCCUUGUUGAGUUGCACCUUAAAGCAAGUUCUGAGUGCUUUUUCACCUCUUUGCAAGUGGUUUUCCUUUUGGGUUUGACAUAAGUUCAGAUGAUGUUCAUGUACCUCUGAUAUAAUGUCUCGUACCACCAUAGUCUGAUAAACCGACAAACUGCCGCUGGCUUAGUUUAGGUUAGACCUGGGCAAAGUACAAAUUAAAGAGGCAGUAAUGGACAUUUAAAGGUGGUUUGUCAAAUUCUCAAUCGUACAUGUUGUGAUUUUGUGUGAACAGUUGUACUGUAUACAUACUGUAUGCUUUAGUAAAGCGCAUUGCAUUUUUAUUUGUUCAUGCCUUAAUGCCAAAAUAUUGGUACUCUAAGCGCUUUCUGGUUCCUGAUCCAUCGAUCUAGUACAGCAUCACAUGUUGAACCUUGAACCAGAUUGGGGUGAGAUAAAAAUAGCGUAACCAGAGGAAUGGUACAGACUUGUUCCUGGAUCUGUGCCUGUACUAAAGUUUUCAACAAAGCAGAUCUUAGACUGAAAACACAACAGAAAUGCUUACAAGAGCUGCAAAAAACAGAGUGGAAAAUGAAUGUACUGUACAGUAUCUGGCUCCAUGAAUUGUUUAAGCAUGGGUCAGCUCUUUAUGGGUGGAAUAUGAAGCUGUUGAAUGGUGGUCAAUAAACAUGUCAUCUCUCUUUCACAUGAGAGAAACAUA